GAUGACCAUGUUCGUGAUGAGCUUGCUUUGGUUUCUGAUUCGGUGCUGUUGCAGCAACUUGUGCUGCUUGAUUGUCAGAGAAUGCGUGGUCUUCAGGUCCCUGUUAUUGACAGUUUGCAUCAACUAGGUUGGUUGCGCUCCCAGUUGAUUUCUGUUCAAGACCGUCUUGCCAUUUUAGUGCGUCAAUUUGGCAUUUGGGCGGAUGAUGAACUUCGUUUUCAUUUGCAUGAAUUGGCCAUGACCUGUGCUGCUCAGGGGAUGAUAGAUGGGGAUUUCCAGCGUCCUUUGGUCAUUGAUCCUUUGCGCUUCUCCUCCUGGUUUGAUGGACGUUCGCUGUCGUGUGUACAGUGGGCCAGAUCUCAACCUGAUGUUUGGGUCAAUCAGACCAAGAUCAUUGGAGUCUUCAAAUGGGACAAUCAUUGGUUUCCUGUCCUUUUUAUUCCUGAAGGUGAUCAUGUCACAAUCAGUCUGAGUCAUCGUCAAGUGCAAAUUCCUGCCCGACUGGUGAACAUGUUUGUUGACAUUGCUACUGAACUCGGCUUUGGUGGGAUCCGAUUCCAUCAUGAGAUGCCUAAUUUUGUUUGCCACUCUGCAUGUGGUGCAAGUGCCAUUGAUUUCCUACGUCAUGGUUUGCUUGGUUGCCCAUUGGCAGUGACCUAUGCUCAAGUUUGGGGUCAGCAUGCACAGUUCCGAGAGUUCUUCAGACUGACAUUGCUGAAUGAAACUAUGGUGAGUAGACCAUGGGUUUGGGCAUCUGGUGAGAGUGAUGACGAAGUCACUGAAAGAGAAUGGGUCUCAGAUGAUGAGGCAGCAGACUCUGGUUUGCGAAGUGGAGCAGCUGCUUUGGGGGAUCCCCUCCCGACUGUGCCGUCUUCGUCCCACACAUGUAUUGAGCUUGAUGCCCGCAUUGAACUUUUUGCACAGCAUGCAAAAGCCAUGGGUGACGAUGAAAUCAGAUUCCAUCUGUCCACCCUUUUGAAGCAGAGGGGAGCACGCAUCAUGGUUGGUCGAGAAAUUCUCCCUAUCGUGUUGGGAUUUGAAAGUUUGAACUUCAUGAACUGGGAUGAGGUUGGGCACAUUCUUACUGAGAAAUGGCCUGGCCCGACAGCUGCUGAAAGUGUCCAGCAAAUUGAAUCUCGAAUUCAAGCUUCGAUUAUGGCCAAGCUCCCUCAGCCGAUGGAACAGGAUGAUGUGCCUGACAGACUUGGCCUUCUUGAAGAUCAGGUCCAGCAGCUGAUGCAGAAGCAGGUUCACAUUGAUGGUCAAGUGCAGGAGCUUUCUCAACAGCAAGUUCAGAGCACUGCCUCAUUGCAAUCUCAGAUCUCAGUCCAGUCGCAUCAGCUUCAGGGACAGAUUGAAUCGCAGAAUCAAAGUAUUCAAGCUAUGUUCGAAAACCAAUUGAAUCACAUUCGAGGCCUUUUGGCUAAGAGACCCAGAGAGGAUGGAGAAUGA